AUGCCUGCUUCUAAUCGAUGGAUCAAAGCGACCUUGACGGUACUCACGGCCACACUUUUGGUCGCUGAUGCAGCGCCGCUCCCUCAGUCUUCUGACAUGGGCAGUAGUCGCUCACUGCAGGACUACGACACGCCAUCUGGUUCUAGCUCGAUAGCUUCUUCGUCGUACAUACCGUCAUCUACAGAUGAGAGUGAUGCCUAUUCAUCAGAGAGCAUGCCGCUAUAUGGGGAUGAAGAUGAUAAUACAUAUCCAAUAGCAGGAUCCCAGUGGGAAUCUGACGCGCAGUUCAGCGAUCUCAGUUCAUUCUCCAUAUCCAACUUUUCAGCUGGCUCACAGAACAUAGAAGUAUUGGCGGGAUCUCCAUCAGCGCCUUCCGAUGAUCAGAGUGUCAUCUCAACACAAUCAAUGUCGACCAGUAAUUGGGAUCCUUCGAUAAACUCCAUGCGUGUAACAUACCCUGCUGGAUCGAUGAAUCCGGGGAACAAUCCGAGGGGAGGAUCGACCUUUUACGCUCAUCCGAUCAACAUGCGAAGGGUACAUAAUGCGACAUUGGAGUAUAGUGUGUUCUUCCCCAGAGAUUUCGAUUUUGUAAAGGGCGGAAAAUUACCAGGGCUGUAUGGUGGUCAUUCGGGUUGUGCUGGUGGUGUAGAUGCGAGAGACUGUUUUAGUACCAGAAUGAUGUGGAGAGAGAACGGUCAUGGUGAAUUGUAUCUGUACGCUCCUCGACACCGACAGACCCAGCGCUUGUGUCGAUCGCCACCGUUCUCCGAUUGUAGUACGCCUUACGGUCUGAGUAUAGGUCGAGGAUCUUGGACUUUCCAAAGGGGCGCUUGGACAGACAUUCGUCAAGAUGUAUGGCUCAACACACCGGGAAAGAACGACGGUGGUUUCAACAUCUGGGUCAACGGUAAACUUGUGGUUCACGCCGACGAUGUCUUCUACCGUGAUACCACCGAAACAUGUCUGGCUUCUAUGGGCAACAGUGCUGCUUUGUGGUCCGGAAUGGCACCUUUCAAACGGGAUAACUCAUUAGAGGAUACAGAUACCUUCAUCACCGAAGAUUGGCUCUCGUUCACUGCCGAUGUGGAUGACCAGGGUUUAGCUAUCAGGUCCACUGAAGAGCUUGAACCGCUGGUAAAGCGUCAGAACUCAUUGGUGAAGAUGAUGAAAAAAUGGUUAGGGCUCAUUGAGAAAGUCAAGAGGUCUCCAUUCGAUGAUGGUCAUUGGAAAGGUAUCAACGGUUACCCUGGUGAUCCAGGAUAUACAGGUGAAUCGAGUACCCAACAGUGCCAUAUGACCAUGAAGCCCAACCCACCCACACCAACCAUGAAACCUAGUAAACCCAAACCGAAAACACCUAAAAAAAUCCCUAAGAAGCCCACAAAGCCUAGUAAACCCAAGACAGUCGGUAAAGCCAGUACACUAAGCACAUUCAGUGAUUCAAGUGAUUCCCCUACAUUCAACUCACUCAGUGAGCCCAAAGCAAUCAGUACAGUGGGCGAUUCCCGUAUAAACUACACAUCCGGUGAAACCAGGACCCUCGGAGCAUCUAGUACACCUGGCACCAUUAGCAUGUUCAGUGUACCCGGUACACCUGACACGAUCAUGACUGCCGCGGAAGAUGAUGAUCCUUCGGCGGACGAUGAGCCCGCCGAUAAUCCUCCUGCCGAUGAUCCUCCUGCUGAUGAUCCACCUGUCGAUGACCCUCCAGCUGAAGAUCCUCCUGCAGAUGAUCCGCCUGUCAAUGACUCCCCAGCUGCCGAUCCCUCAUCACCACCACCACCACCGCCCGUCGUAGCCCCUUCACCUCCGAAUCCACCUGCUCCUGAAGUCCCUGCCCCCUUACCCCCACCCCCUCCACCCUCUGCCCCACCUCCCGCUCCUAAAGCACCGACGCCUCCUCCUCCUCCUCCAGCUCCCAAAGCUCCAGGUAUCUUGCUCCCUGUUCCACCUCAUGCUGAUUCGAUAACACGACCCCAUCGACACCUCGACAACGUAGCUUGUGAACGUGGGUUCGUGGGUCUGUUCUUCUCGACUUUCUUCGGAGGUCAUACGGAAACGUGGGCUUCACCAAAGGAACAGAACACGUACUUCCGUAAUUUCCGAAUUCGAAUCAACUCAUAA